UGUAGUCCCUCCCAAAAAGUGCUAGCCGAGUUAGCUGUAGCUAUGUCUUUACCAUAGAGUUUGCCUGGUCACGCGCUGGUAAUGUAACGUCAGUCGGUAAAGCAGCAGUCGCCAUUUCAUUCUCCGAGGGUCGAGACACAAUUUACAGCUGCAAAAGAGACGUGACAGCUCCACAAUGGUGAAAAUAUUCAUUGGGAACUUGUCACCAGACACUACAUCAGAUGAACUCCGCUCUCUCUUCUCCCAGUAUGGCAAGAUUGCAGAAUGCACUAUUGUCAAGAACUUUGGCUUUGUGCACAUGGAUGACAAAGCAGAGGCAGAGGAAGCUAUCCGCAACCUCCACCAUUAUGAGCUAAAUGGCCAGCCCAUGAAUGUAGAAUUGAGCCGCGGCAAGUCAAGAGGAUCCACCAAACUACAUGUUGGCAACAUUGCCUGUACCAACCAAGAGCUGAGGGCCAAAUUUGAAGAGUUUGGGACUGUGUUGGAGUGUGACAUAGUAAAAAACUAUGCUUUUGUUCACAUGGAGCGAAUGGAGGAUGCCAUGGAAGCCAUUAAUCAGUUAGACAACACAACUUUUAAAGGCAAACUGAUGAGCGUGAAGCUUUCGACUAGCCGCCUGCGUACUGCGCCGGGAAUGGGAGACAGAUCGGGUUGUUAUCGUUGCGGGCAGGAAGGCCACUGGUCCAAAGAAUGUCCUCUAGACCAAAAUGGCUACCACAGAAACGGCUCAGAGCCAAAGUCUGAUGGAUAUGAUGCCUCGAGAUUUGGCGGGCAUGGUCGCAGCAGGGGUUAUCAUCCGGACUUCAGUGGCGAUCCAGAUUAUGGUGGUGGCUAUGCUCCUGUACAUGUUUUUUCCCGGGGUUCUGGUCACAGCAGCAGCAUGACAGGGUACAGAAGGGGUGCAGGCUACGAGAGUGCAAUGAGAUACGGGCUGCACCCGGGUUAUGGCAUAAGCGCUGUUGCUGAACAUAGCAUGGCUCGGAUGUAUGGCAGCGAGGCGGCAUACAGGAGCAACGGCUCACUCUAUGGCGCGGUACCAGCCUACCCGAUGCGACGGUCGCCUUACGAGGAACGGGAUCCGUACGGGGUCGUGGACUACUACGAGAAGUACAGGGCCAAUUCUUAUGGAGGCAGUUAUUUCGAGGAACGCCGCGCUGUCCCCUUGCCUGCUCCAUCAACAUCCUCCUCCACAACUAUAAUAAGGGAACGUCUCCCCCCCUCUAGCCUUGACCCAUAUGAGUGCCCUCCCCUCCCUCCUCCACCAGCCCCAGUCUCCUCAUACUAUGCACGUGACCGGAGUCCGAUUCGGAGAGCCCCUGGCGAGGCAGAUGGAUAUGCAUAUGAGCGUUCGCGCCUUUCCCCGGUGUCCACCCUCCCAAGAAGUUCUACCUAUGACCAUUCGCGGGAAUCCGGCGCUGAGCGGGCACGAUAUACAUACUAAUCCUUACGUAGUCCCAUACAGCCAGGUGAGAGCUGACUGACAUUUAGCAGAUAGGAUAGCCUAAGUGCCAUUGGAAUAACCGGAAAUUAAAUGUUGACCAGUAACAUAAGGGGCAAAAGUCAGCCCUCUGUAUUUGUGAGACGUGUGGAUAGUAAGGGUUAGGGUUACAGUAAAGCUCGCCAGUCAUAAAUAACCUGCGACUAGAUUUCAGUGUGAAUUGUUCAAUCCAUUCACAGUAUGCUGUGAUCUCAUCCCAGCUACAGAAUGCAGCACAACCGAUGCUCAGUCGAUCACCUUUCACCGUCUUAUUUACAUGUUGUGGUGUUGGUGCAGUUCUGAGAUGGCUUAGUCUCGUGUGGAUAUGCAGAUACUGGGUUUAUCUACAACCUGGUUGACAUCCAUACAUCAUACUGAAUAAAUAUUUUACCCUCUGAAAGUAGCUAUAUGUUCAUACACUAUUUAGAUUAAUUUAAUAGAAACACAUUAAAUUAGUGCAUGGUGCAUGUUUUAAAGGUGAGUCCUAGGGUUAUGUUAAUUCGUUAAAUUCUUUUUGGCAGCAUUUAAUGUAUGAAUUUUAGUGUAUUUGUGUUAAUGUGGGUUUACACUGUUACUGCAUACGUGAAGCAAUGAUGAAACAAAUCUGAGUACUGUAUGUUUCAUCACUUACAUUGUUUAACCCAUGGACUUAAAUGUCACACCUGUACCAAAUAUAGACCUGCACAGAACAAAACAUGAUUAUACUUUUGUAUUUGGGUUUUAUCAAACCUUUUGUGAAAUUACAGCGACAAACUUCUUAUCAAACUGCAUUGUGAUUGUCUUUUUUUUCAGUAGGCACAUUACUUAAGUUUAUUUUCAUUGCUGUGAUAAAUAUGAGGCUUCACAUCUUGAACAUAUGUUGUAGUUUCAUAAGAAAAUGACCUCAAUUUCCUGUGCUGUCUGUCUUGAAUUCUAUUAGGUUAAAAUUAAACUCUGUCUAAACUCUG